GAGCGUAAUUAUUCCAGUGUACUCGAUCUUGGGCAAUUCAAGAAUGCAGGACGAGGAGAUCACACCUGUCCCCUUCACCGAUUCUGCUGACGUGGAAUUACACAGCAUCCCGCCUCCACCUGCGAACAAAAAUGCGAAAGACUCCGACCCCUUCCUCGUGGAAUUUAAUCAUCCUUUCGAUCCCGAAAACCCACUAGAUUGGCCAACAGCGCUCAAAUGGAGAGUCACGGACGUUUUGUCGGCUACGGGCUUCAACCGAAUCAUGGUGUCAACCAUCAUGGCACCCGCUCUAUCGACCAUCGCUUAUGAGCUCGACAUGAAUUCGACCGAAUCGGCCAUGUCCUUGUCAAUCUACCUCUUGGCCACCGCUUUCGGCCCACUUUUCAUUGGUCCGCUAUCAGAAAUCUACGGAAGACAAAUCAUCCUACAUGCUUCGAACGUCUGGUUUCUCGUUUGGAACCUGCUCUGUGGCUUUGCUCAUACUAAAGGCACACUGAUUGCCGCUCGUUUUCUGGCAGGCUUCAGAGCUAGCGCUAUUUAUGCGCUUGCUGGCGGUGUUAUAGGGGAUAUUUGGAGACCAGAACAAAGAGGCCGCUCGUUAGGCACAUAUUUGUUGAUACCAUUACUGGGUGCUGCCGUUGGACCUAUUAUUGGAGGUUUUAUAACUGCGCAUACAACCUGGAGAUGGAUGUUCUGGUCCACGUCUAUAUUUCAAAUGGUCAUGAUAUUUGUCUCCUUCUUCACUUUCCAAGAGUCAUACGGUGCAGUGUUGCUUCGGCGACGUGCGGAUCGUUUGCGCCAACGGACUGGCAAUACCCAAUACUAUACGAAAACUGAAAGACCUGAUGGUAAUCGAUCAACCGUUGGCCUUCUCUGGAAAGCCAUGACGCGACCGCUCCGUCUCCUGAUCUUCCACCCUUUUAUCCAGGUCUCGGCAACCCUACAGGGUCUGAACUACGGAAUUUUGUAUAUCACACUUUCCACAUUCUCCAAUCUUUGGAUAGAUCAGUAUAACGAAUCCAUAGAAAUUAGUGGACUGCAUUAUAUCGCCUGUACCUUAGGCGAAUUAGUUGCAUCACAAGUCGGCGGGCCGUUGAUGGACAUUUUAUACAAGCGUCAAAAGAGAGAAAACCCACCUCCCGAGUCUCGUCUCCCGCUCAUGUACCCCGGGAUACUUGCCGCAUGUAUAGGGGCCCUUCUUUAUGGAUGGGCUGCUAAUUAUCGGUUAUUUUGGUUUGUGGUGGAUGUUGGCGUGGUCGUAUUGAUGUUUGGGAUGCAGUUAAGCGGCAUGCCAAUGAUGGUAUACAUCAUUGACACAUAUGGAGAACAUACAAGCAGUGCCAUGGCUGCAACGCAAUUUGCCAGGAGCCUCACGGCUUUCUUGUUCCCGCUAUUUGCCCCAAGUAUGUACCAAGCGCUAGGUUUUGGAUGGACAAAUACCGUAUUGGCCUUGGUGGUCAUAUCAAUUCCCGUUCCUCUCACAUUACUCAUAUGGAAAUUUGGGCCAAAGUUGCGGGCUACGGCUAUAUCAACUUACUAAAUAAACAGGAGAAUCCCCUGCUGAUCACCUAUGGAAGAAGGCAAGUCGGUAGCUGAACAGAGCUACUAACAGCUUGUAGGUAUCGGAAAUAUCUUUGACCACGCCCUUUUGGCAUGUUACUGUAGUUGAACUACAUAUGUCAAACCAUAUCACAAUUUUCCGUCUUCAUAUCGCCAAUAUCACUCACUAGUGCUUAUAUGUUUCAUAUUUUAAGUAUGAUGAUUGAAACCGUAUUUCCCUACAUUGGGACUUCACUGCAUGUAUGUUCCAAGGUUUACUCAACGGAAUGCCAUCCGAAAAU